CCCUAAUGUCAUUCAUUAGCUAAUUAUAUGAAGCAAUCCACUGAUAACAUCUCAUUUGUAUGUUCCAGUACAGUAGGUGGCGGUAUGGACCUCAUAGGAGACGGUUGAAACCCGAUAUUAAAUUAAAAGAAGAAGAAGAAGAAGAAGAAGAAGCCAUCAAAACAUUGGAUUCUGAAACGGACUAAAAUGGGAGUCUCAAGGUUGCCGUACGCAGCGCUUUCUCUAAAACAAUUUUUACAGAGACAACGAGUUUUGGGGAUUUACAGAAACAUGAUGAGGACCAUACGGAGGGUACCCGAUGAGGCAGACAGGAAAUACCUCAGUGACUGGGCGAGAGGCGAGUUCAAAAGGAAUAAGAAUGCCCAAGAUCAGGAUGCCAUCCGCAUGAUGAUCACCCAAGCCAACAACCAUUUAGAGGAUCUGCAGAAGUCUUUGGCUCUGGCUGGCAGUUAAAUACUUGACCUACCGUGGACCGAUCUGUAUUCACACUUUGUGGACAGACCUUCUGAUGAUAGUAGUGUCGUUGUAAGUGACUGAUGAGAAAUGUCUUGACACUCGGCUUUGGCUGGACAUCUUUUUAAUGGAUUGAUGGAACUAACCCAGAGGCCCCAUCCUGGAAAACUUUCUGUGCUGCUGCUCAGCACAAAGCUGAUAAAACUCCUUCAUCUAUUUGCCAGACUUUUGUGUGAGCUGUAUAUUUUAUAUAUUGUAAGUAUUGAAAAAGGAAUAAAUUAAAAUGAAGUCAGAACUGUCUUUUUUCCCAUACGAGGUCCAUUAUUCAUAUUCUUAUUGUUGUAUAUGUAAACAAAUAUCCAUGUAUGAGCUUCACUUCAUUAAGCAUACAGCAACACAACUGAAUUCUUAAUGGGUUGAGGCCCAAAAAGGGAAUCGCGUUAGGAAACUUCUAGUUGAUUAAUGCAAUGAUUUGAUAGAUGUUUUUGCUGGCCACAAGUAUUCUGUAGGACAGGAAAAAUGAAGGAGAAUUAAAAUUGUAGCUGUCCGUUAAAACGUAUUAUGAAUGCUCCUCAUGAGAAGUGGUCUUGCAUGAUUAUAAACAAAAAGUUUUAUGAAGCCCCACAUGUGCAUUGUAGACAUUAUCGUCAUAUAUUUAUUUCUUCAAAUUGUUAUAUAGAAAUGUUCGUGCUCAAAUAAGUGCAAACUGACAUUUUCACAAUGCCAAUAUUUAAAGAAAAAUGUGCACAAUGAAAUGUGUAUGCCAAUUCAGACUUAUUGCUUUUAUCGUAAUUUUUAAAAUAAUUGAUCGUUUUAAUUGUCAUUAUUCAGUCAAAUUGGCUGUUUGUGUGCUUUUUUUUUAAUGCAAAGGCACUUAUAAUGUUGUCAAGCAGAGCUGCAACGUAUUAGAUAAUCAUUUUGUCAGUAAACAUAAUAAAAUAGAAAAUAAUCUACUAAACAAAUUCUCACAUUAAAGCAAUUGCACUUCAUGGUGUCACUCCUUAAAAAUAAAUGGUUACUUUGGCAUCAAAAGUCAAUCAUUUUCUCAGGUUUGAGUGAUUAAUAACAACUAUUACAGCUUUGAUGUUAAAUGCGGUAGAAACUGAAAGAAUCAACAUUCAUAAAAUGAAAAAAACCUCCUACUGUCCAUUUCAGUGGAUUGUGGCAAAGGCUCUCAAAAUUUCUAAGGUUGAACUGCUGAGGUUGCAGAUGUUCAGGAGAAAAUGGCCCGGCCUCCUGGAGUCCGUUUGAAGAAGUGGGCUUAGUGGAACCUCAGAGUUUGUUGACCCUGAGAUGAGGGAAACUCUUGAGUGGUCUGUUUCAGAAAGGGAGGUAACUAAACUUCAGGGUGAGUCGCUAUGGUAACUGAGCCUGUGGAACUAACCUGGUCGGGAGCAGAUUUUCUUCAAUAAACCUCGAGUUUAUUGACCUACUCCGAGAUGAUUGAACCAACUCUAAACAGCUGUUCUAAAACCCAAAACUCAGAGUUUCCCAUCUCAGGGUAAAUCAACUCAGAGUUGAAGAGAAAACAAGGCCCACAUCACAGGUGCACUGCAGGACGGGAUGGAGGAAACUGGACUCAACCCAAAGUUGGUGGGCUCUGACUCUAGAUUAUGCUCGAUGAAAUGCAGCCCAAUUCAAAAUACGGCAGAGGUUCUCCCUGUGUACAUUUAUUCAUUGUUUAUGUGACGGUCAUAUCAUCGGCCUGAGUAACAGUUGAAUAAUGUUUUUGUUCCUAUAAUGAUGCAAACUCAUGUCUAGGUUUUCUUGCAUUUCACCUGUAUUACAUUGUGCAUCCGUGUUGGGUUAUGACAAUAAAUUACCCUUGAAUGUUGAAAAAAAAAA